AUGGACGUCUUUCGGUCGCCUAUGCGCAUGAUCCCGCCCCUCACACCCCGUCGCGUCCCAUCACCAGCCAUGUCGCCCGCCGGCAGAAGAGGCAGAACGUAUGGCAGCUCGGAAGAGACCCGCCUCCGCGACCUGUCGCCCGAGACGACCCUCCGCGCCUUCACACAAAAGCCCAUGCCGUUCGACACAACACGCGACGAAUACAAAAUGUUUUCCUGCAUCGAGACCCUCACCGCCGCCGAGAGAGACUUGGGAUCGCGCGUCGCAAAGGCUGCGCAGCGGCUGAAGAUAUGGUGCGCCGAGAUUGAGCAAUGGGGGUGGUCGGGCAGCUUCGAGCAGCCCAGCGCCCAGGUCCGCGAGCAGAGGAGGAAAAGCAUCGAGCUGCGCAUCAAGGAGCACGUCGCCGAUUCCGACAUGGGCAAUGUCAUGCCGCCAUUAGAAUACUGGGGUUCGAUGCUGUCGGUCGAGGUGGAGCAACACGAGGCGCGCCUCGACGACAUCGCCGACGAGAUGCUCAAGCUUGACGUCGAAGAGCUGAAGGAGCACGUGCUGGAUAUGCACCCGGCAGGCAGGUCGAGGCCGUCCUCUGCGGGCUACGAGGCCAACCGCCAGCACUACAAGGUCAUGGACGACUUCUCCUUUCUCAUCACCCAGACCCUCCUAUCCGCCCUACCGCACCACGCCCAGCUCAAAGCCCGCCUAAGCACGUGGACCGCCCGCGUCUCCAUCCUCCGCGAAGCCCCGCGUUACACCGGCGAACUCGAUACGGCGCAAGAAGCCAUGCGGCUAGGCUGGGAUGCCAUCGAGGCACCAGCAGACACGUCCGACGCUGCAUUUGAGCAGUGGAAAAAGGCAGUAGAUACCAUAUCGCUUGUGCUUCAUCAGAAGGUCAGCGACUUGGGGAGGCAACUAGACAAGAUGCUCGAUACACUCGAAGGACAAGAGGACAGUCUACCGGAGCACUGGAUAGACGUCUUUGAAACGACAGAGGCUGACUAUGGGCAAUGGAAACACGAAUCAAGAAGGAGGAUAAUCGAUCUCGAGGUUCGGAGACGGGCGGAAGGUUUUAACACUACCGAGAAGGGCGCCCCUGAACCUGCGCUACAACCAGAGGCCGAUGCGGGUACGACUGCGCAUACAAGCGGCGAGCGGGUAUUGACAACAGCAUCCUCAUCAGUCAAUGCUGGUAACGAUGUGUCCAUUGUCGCACCCACUGCGGCUGUGCAAUCCGCUACUACAUCCAGAUUGGAUGCUCUCAAUGCUCGAAUCGACUCUGUCGCAUCUACACUCCAAUCGCCGCCACCGAAGCUUGCUUCGCAGAGCAGCCGCCACAACGCCAUGCAGGAUGACUACUUCAGUGCGCCCCAGCGUGGGAUCUUCUCUGGAGACUAUGCCAUGAACGCAUCGAGCAGCAGCAACUCAACACUUCAUACCUCCAUCGGCUCCAGCAACGCACGACAAGUCUCGGGUGAGACCUAUGUUACCGAACACGAGCUGGCACAAGGUUUCGCGUCACCAUCGAAGUCCCCUACUGCGACCACACAUCUAGAGAAGAUGAGCUUCGAACCAGGACCGGCCUCUGUUGACGAAGACUCGGAGUUCGAAGAAGGCGACACUGUUGUACAGUACGAUCUUGAUGAAGGCCCCGAAGAAGUCGCCAUCCAUACAGAGACUGACGACCAUUCAUCCCAAGCAUCUUUACAAGGCAGGCCCAAACCUCUGGCGCUUUUCGGCAAUCCCACGAUUACAAAGAACGAUGGACAGGACAGCCCCGUUAUGGAGCCUCCUCAAACGCCGCGAUCAUGGAGAGGCAGCCUUAGUUCGCUGUCCACAGAUAUGUCGCCUGAUUCAAGCCCACCUAGUACCAUCGAGGAGUCUCCUUCAGUCCGAAACGCCACUAACCGUUCUAUGAGAGCGCCACGUCCUGAACUGAAUGCAGCCAUGGCGAAGCGUCGGCCAGUCAAGACCACUGCUGAUGACACAUCAAGCGCUCCAUGGCCACCGACGCACUUUGCUCAGAAAGCUAACAACAGCGCUGAAGAACUUGAGCGAAAGAUCUCCGACAUCCUCACGACUAUUCCCGCUCACAUUAGGCUUAGGUCAGGCCCAGGCCCCGAUGCGCCCGAAAUCAAGUCGGCGCGUGGCCUUCUCGCGAAAAGCAGUCGUGGCUAUCUACGCGCAGCUCGCUCAGUCAGCGGCCUCAAGUCACCUGAGCUCACACUGUCCCCUGCAAAGACUGAAUUCGAGUUGAACAACGCUGCUUCAGGACGGAGGUCGGCUGCAGCUGCGAGAGGCGACAACGACAUCAAACUGUAUCAUCUCACACAACCUGGCAAAGAACAGCCGAUCAAGCUGUUCAUCCGCCGCGUUGGCGAGAAUGGCGAACGUGUCAUGGUGCGUGUCGGCGGUGGUUGGUCUGACCUAGGCGAGUACCUGCGCCAGUACGCUGAGCACCACGGCCGCAGGACAGCAAGCGAAGGCAAAUUUGAGGUACUGGGUCUGGAGGUGAAGAACCCCGAUAGUUCGCCGACGAGACCUGACAGCAGGGCGAGUAAGAUGGAAAGACGCAUCAGCGUUGGCUUUCCCCUGGCCAGCCCAUCCACCACACCCGUCAAGUCAUCUGGUCUAGCCUUUACAAGCGACGAAGCGCCACCGCCGAUGCCCAGCUUCCUUCCUGGAACACCAGGUGCCACCACUGAAGACCCGGCGAUACCCUCGACAACUUCGUCUCGCAGUUCCUGGCAGGGUAGGGAAGUCGGAAUGGCGGGCCCAUCAGCCAAGAAAUUAGAUCUCAGCGGCGAGAAGCUGGAGUGGAUUGAGGGCAUGAUGAAGCAGGCUCGCACCGUGAGUAGCAACGUCAUUACCUCAAGCCAUCCAAAUUUCGAGCGCACCGACAGUAGGAGUGACAGCCGCCCUGGCAGCGCUGUAGGAGGAAAGAAGACAGAAUUUGGUGAUUUAGGCAAGGUUGGUGCGACCAAGCGUGUCUUUAUGAAGGGUGGUAAGCCCGGUUUAGGCGAUCACUAG